UAAGUCAAGGACUGAACUGCGCACGGCCGGGACUUUGGCUGGUCCCAAGGAAAGGGGCGGGGUCCCGCAAACCUGCAACCCCCACGGUUACUUUCAAAGCAAUUAGCUGGUGCAAAUCGGGAUUUCGGAGCAUCCUUCCCCGGCUACAGCGAGGGCGGAGCUUGAUGUUCAGGAUAAGAUGUAAAAGGGAGGGAUCCUCUUCCUUGUUGAGAAAUAAGACUUCUGUUAUCCUGCCUGGACUCGAGAUCGAGAAGCGCCCGAUCCUAAACAACCCAGCCGGGUACUCUUGGAACUUGCAGUUGGACCUGCACAUUCUCUCUCGUAAAAGCCUAAUGCUGCUACCUACAGCUUUGCUCUGCCAGAAAGGGAAUGUGGCUGUGCUCCAGUCACAGCAGAAUCUCCUCUGUGCCAGGCAGACACCCCCUUAUAGCUGGAUUUAGGAAAAGCCUCAACUUUGCAGUGGGGGGCCUCCUCCUUUGGCCCCUGCUGGUGGCCCAUCUGGGGAAACCUCUACAAGAAUGUUGGCCGGUUGGAGAGAGCUGUCUACCAGGAUAAGUGCUAUACUUGGCUUCCUCCUUUUCUUCUGGCUCUUGUACUGCCAUCUGCCCAAAGAAGUUCUUCAUCCUGUGUUCAUUUUGAUUUGUCCUCAUCCCACUCUGCUUUCUGAAUUGCUUCAAAGGGUACAUAUCUUCUACAAUAUCUACUUAGAGGCAAGGAGUACCGGAAAGGAGCUGGUGGUGGGGACAUGUGAGAUCACAGCCCUGGAUAGAGAUAUAAGCCAUCCCAAAAGGAUGAUUGCCCGACAAACAGCACGGUGUGCCUGUCGAAGAGGACAAGUUGCUGGAACAACUAAAGCAAAACCUGCCUGUGUAGAUGCCCAGAUCAUUGUUAAUAAACAGUGGUGUGGAAUGGAGCCCUGUGAUGAAGGGGAGCAAUGCACUUUAUUAAUCAAUCGUUCUGGCUGGAGUUGUACUAGGCAACUGGGACGAAUAAAAACAGUCACAGUUUCUUGACAUCGACGGAGCACUGUAAGAGCACCUUCUCCACUUCCUGUGUGCUGAUGGGCAAAGUUCAGAGGUCACCUCAUCAUGAAAAAUGGGACAAUCCACUUUCUUAGUAUGGGUUCAUCCCCACAAAUCAGGGCCCAUCUCAUCCGUAUUUCCUCUUGUGCCAGCACAUUGGAUGCAGAGGCUACUGAAACAAGCAUCUUUGUGUUAUAUGUAGGAAAUUAACUUUUCUUCCCUCUCCCCAAAGCAAAUAUAUCUAUUUAUAGUUUAUGUUGUGUAUUUUUGACUUGAAAUGCACUUUUCGAUAGACUUUAUUUCCUCCCAUGUCAACAGAAGAUUUGCAUCUUGGUACCCAGGAAUCAACAGGCCUUUCAGAUCUCUGGGAAUGAUGGCCUCUCCUAGACUUAUGGGUGUAACAGACUGAGAUACUUGCUAAAUGUCUGGGAUGCUCUGCUAUAUUUUUUUAAAAAACACAUUCUUUUAGACCUCUUCCUUUCCGUUGUUUCUCCUCCUCUGAUUUGAAGAAGAUGAGAUGGUGCUAAAUGAUUUACCAUUGGAUCUUCACUGCUGUGGGUAUAGAGGGAUGUAUUCAUUAAAAGGACUGGUCAUGUUCCGUAUAAGGCACUCUUCACAAAGGAGUCAGAAUGAAAUAACUAGGUUAAAAAAACCUGGACAAAAAUGUGUUGAAUCGCAAUCUCCCAUUUGUGUCUUAGCAUCUUAAUUAAGUCCCCUUUCUCACGAUAUCUGCCCCAUCACCGAUUGAUAAUAACUCUUGCUCAUCAGUAACGGGGCAAAAUUCAAACCAAGCAUAAUUUAUUUAAUUAUAAUUCAUUAUGUAUCACCAUGGGUUCAUUUUGGCCUGAAGUAGUAUUCUGGGAGUUGAGCUUUUAUAUCCAACUUUCUGGCUGUUAGGUCCUGAGAUCAAAUUGAUAGUCCGUCAGAUGGAUUGCUUUGGGAAUUUCUGAGCCAAUUGUUUUUGUAAGUCAUAGACUGAAAAAAGGCACCUAAAGUAGAUUUCUUUUUGGAAUCUACUUUUUCAUGGAACAUUGAUCCCUUAAAGACAUAUUACUGUAUAUAGGGAUCAAAAUUAAAAUUGUACCCAAGUAGCACUUUCUCCCACUAUAAAUUUAGUAUCAUUAUGAAUAAGAGCUAUAAAUCAAUGUCUGUCAUAAUCUACCAUUAUCAACAUGGAUAUUGGUAAAGCCCAGUUGUGAUUUACAGUUCAGAGAAAAAUACACAGAUCCAAGUAGAACUUUUUCCUUCAGGCUCAGCUCCAUCCCUUAACCACUGGGUCCUAAAAACAAUUAAAAGGCUCUGGAGACUACUAGAUCAUAGUGAUCAAUGAGUUGAAAAUUAGUUCUAUAAAAACAACUCUGCAUUGCUUGUGCACGCCCAUUUGUAAAUAUGAAAAGUCUUGGAUUCAUUCUCAUACUAAUCUUAUUUUUCAUUACAGUGUAAAUUGAAUCUUUUGUUUCAAGAACUUUUUCCAGUGUAAUAAAUUUCCACAAUUUGUGAU